UCCGAUUGCGUCACUUCCGUCGCGCUUCUGGGAGGUGCCAAGAUGGACGCUCCGCGGGCCCGGGAGCAGCUCCGGCGGCGAUACCUGUUCCCACCGGACACCGAGGCCCCGCUGGACAGCGAGGGCUACGCCGGGCCGGAAGCCUCUACAGCUGUUGAAAAAAAGGAGAAACCUCUUCCAAGACUUAAUAUCCAUUCUGGAUUCUGGAUUUUGGCAUCCAUUGCUGUGACCUACUACGUUGAUUUCUUUAAAACCAUUAAAGAAAACUUUCACACUAGUAGUUGGUUUGUCGUUGGCGGUGCCCUGCUGCUCCUCAGCCUGUCGAUUGCAUGUUACUGCAUCCUCUACCUGGAGUGGUGUUGUGGAAUUGAAGAUUAUGACGUCAAGUACCCCACCUUGAUACCCAUCACAACUGCUACUUUUAUCGCGGCCGGGAUUUGCUUCAACGUUGCUCUGUGGCAUGUGUGGUCCUUCCUCACCCCGCUGGUGUUGUUUACUCAGUUCAUGGGGGUUGUGAUGCUCAUCUCACUCCUUGGAUGAUUUCUAAAGAUCCAGAAGCUGAAGAUAGAAUGUCUCACAUCGGAUAUCAAUGCUCGUUUCCUCUCAGGUUUUAGAGCACGUCAGUGUGAACGCUUCAACCCCCAGCUGGCUGAAAGCUUCGCAGACGUAAUGGAAAUGCUACAGUGCGUUUUUGCAUCUAGGAAGUGAGUGGUUUCCUGGGAAAAAUUUUAACUUUGCAGUCUGGUUGAAAUCAGAAUAAAUUCAAGCUCUUUUGCCUGUUCUUAAACUCAAUAAUUAUUGAAUUUUUCAAAUUCAAAAUAGAAGUAGUUGGUUUGCAGUGUUAAUCUGUUUGAAUCAUUGGCGAAAGUAUUGGUGUAAACAUUUAAGCAGCGUUUCAUUAUAGGUACAUGAUGUCCUCCCAAAAUUGCAGAUAAGUUGUUUGCUCUUUGGUUGUAUACGAUCACUGGGUGUAUAUAGAGGAAUGAUCGUGUCCUGUGCCUUUAACUCAGCUUCAGCAAUUACUGUAUUUCUCAGUUUUGUAAUAGUCUUGUUAGGUGAGAGGACCAUUUGGAAGCAUUUUAUGUGUUCAUAUCACUUUAGAUUUCAUCAUGUGUAAAUUCCUGUGUUUCUAGCAUUUGUUUACUUAUCAUUUUAAUCAUUUUAAGUAUGUAUAAUUUUUUAAAUCAUUUUUUUAAUCAUUUUUAAGU